AAGCAUUCAAGUUCCACCCCACCCUUUUUGUGUCCUCUAUUCUUUCUCUGCCUUCUCCUUCUCUUUUCUCCUGUCUAAUUUAUCUUUUCUAGGUGGUUUAGUAUAAAGGUCAGCUAUGGGGGACAUACCCUGAAACAGUGCUUGUUUUGCACACUUUUGAAUGCUGCAUAGCCAUUCAUUUCAUGGCCUUAACGGAUAAGGCUCUUUUGAGGUCAGCAUAUCCCAUGAAAAGACCAAAAGAUUGUUGCUGUCCCAAAAACAUUUUAAAAGCACAUCAGUGAGGUGCACUGUUGCACUGGUUGACAUGUUUGUCCAUUAUGGUGCAUGCAGGCACUAUCUGUUAAUACUAGCUCAUCAAAUGAGUGUUUAUCUGCCCAGAAUGCACCCUUUACGUCUGUUUGAGUCAAAUUUGCUGUCAGAAAGCAUUGACGGGAGGAACACGAUUGUAAGCUUUGGUAUUAUCAUGGAAUUUGUUGACUUCAACCAAAGACUGAGCCUUAUCCUUUAGAAUAUGUAUAUUAAGUCUUUCGAGGAAAAGGCUUCGAAAGGCGCUUAGGUCUGGCGGCAAAAGGCCAUACAGAGAUACUGUGUACACACAUAUUUGUUUCCAUAUAAGAGCAGCUAAUCUGGGGACUUAAAGAGAACACUAGUCAAUGAUUGGUCAUUUUACAUUGUAGUCAUAUAACAUUUCAUCAUAAGUUGUCUAAGAUGCCCACCCGAAAUGACACAGUGCUGGUGAAAUAUAUUCUCUUUAACAGUGGUCUUCUUUUGUUGUUGUGUUUUACAGUUCUUUUUCCUGGCUCAGCCAGUCCUGUAUACCAGGCCCUGAUGCAAAUACCAUCCAACAGUUUUGUCUUCUGCAGCAUUUUCUCUCUUCAGUGUACUCUUUUAUUUAAGUGUUAUCAUUGUUUUGUGUUCGUAUUAAGGUCAUGUGUUUUUGUGACAGGGUUGUUUUUGGUGGAUUAACUGAGAGAUGAAUCAUUUGUUAAUUUGGGUCAUUUUUAAAUAACGAGUUGCAUAUUGCGAGUAAAGUUGCUAAAAUGAUUUUUUAAUUGGACUGUAGUAGCACCGAUUAAUCAAACCAGUUAUCUUUUUUGAGGUUUUGUUAAUUGAUAAAGUGGCAGGUAAGAGUAUAAUGAUGUACUGCAGGCACGCUACCCAUCCUGAAUUCUGCUUUUGUCCUUUAGUAUAUCCAACAUUUGUUUUUGGUAAGUAGACACUGAUAGCUUGCAUAGUGUUCUUGCCAAAUCCCUAAAAUUCUCUCUGUUGUGUGUAUCUCGAUUUUUCUCUGUGUGCUUUUAGUAGCGAAGCCGCCAACGUGAGUCGCUUGUUUCAGUAAACGUCUAAAUGAAAAUUGAGGGCACACCCAACUGGAGAAGCAGCUGUGCUUGCUAACGUUUGGUUCAUGACUUAAAAAACACAUUCAGGAUCUAUUCCAGAUGAGGCUAAAGCUUUGUCACUGUUGGCGCCAGCAAAUGCUGUUGCAGGAAUCAUGCCAGGAGGAGGACUUCUUCCAACACCCAAUCCCAUCCCUAACCCACCUAUGGGAGGAAAUCCUUUUGGUGCGCCGAAUAUGGAUGCGAUGGCUGCAUUUGGUUUUCCAGGACCCCAGGCAGCUGAUCAGCUGUUAAAGCUCAUGACGGAUCCAAAACUGAAUCCUUUGGCUGCAAGUUUCAGCAUCAAUGCAAGCCUGAAGGCUGAUGCAUCUAAUAAAGAAAUUGAAGAGGCCAUGAAGAGAGUCAGAGAAGCCCAGUCGCUCAUUUCUGCUGCUAUUGAACCUGGAAAUAAGGAGAGCAAAAAGCGUACUCGGUCUCGCAGUAGAUCCAGAAGGAGGAGGUCCAGAUCACGUUCCAGACACAGGCGAACCAGGAGCAGAUCACGGAGACGGUCAAACUCCAGAAACAGGCGACGCUCCAAAAGCCCACGCAGGAAACGCUCCAGAGACCGAAGCAGGCGUUCUCGAAGCAGAUCCAGGGAUAGAAGGAAAGAUGAUUCAGGCAGAAGAAGAUCCAGAACGCCACCAAAAAGCUACAGCACUGCCAGGAGGUCACGCAGCGGGAGCCGGAGACGCAAGAGAAGUCGAAGUGGCAGUCGAUCCCCUAAAAGGAGAAACACCAGCAGGUCCCCAUCUCCAAGAAGACACAAAAAGGAAAAGAAAAAGGACAAGGAAAGGGACAGGGACCGCAAAAGUGAUAAAGAAGGCAAUCAUGAGGAACGUGAACACUCCACCAGCAAGAAAAAGAAAAGCAAAGACAAAGAACGAGAACGAGAACGAGAGCGGGAGAGGAAAUCAGAUGGCGAGAAAGGAGAUGUCAAGAUUACCAGGGAUUAUGAUGAAGAAGAACAAGGCUAUGACAGCGAGAAGGAGCGGGAGGACAGGAAGGAUUCUGACGACUCUGCUUUGUCUCCUCAGUCUCUGGAAGGUAAUGGCACAGUGCGGCCUGUAAAGGCCAAAGUUAACGGAGCUGAUGAUCACCAUGAAGAGGACAUGGAUGUCAGCGAUUAAGAGGUCUGUCCUGAUUUGUUGCCGGUUAUCCCUCCAUUUUUGUUCUGAACAUGAUACUUUUUCAUAUUUUCCCUCGCUGGGGUUAAAUCUAAAAUGUGAAGUGAGUGUAAAAUAUAUAGAUUUUUCGCACAGGAGCGUCAUCUACUCUUUUUACAAAUGCACAAUGCAGAGUUGUCAUUUUUGUCCAAAGACAUCCCACAUCGAUUUAAAGUACGCCUUUUGCCUCUACAAAUGUCAUCAGUUAAAACUGGAAGUUGGCUUUGCUUUUCUUGGGCUUAUGUUGUCACUUCUUUACAUAUUGAGUCUUUACAUUUAGUGUUGUGGUGUGUUGUUCAGGCCUCUUCCCCACCUUCUUGAAAACAUUAAGGUGUUUGCUUUUUGUUAUUUGCAAGUGUUGUUUUACCAAGAAUUUCAUUUAUAAUAAAGCCUCUUUAGAGAACCAAGACUUUGAA